GUAAAUCUUUUUGAUGUUUCGCCAUUUUAAACGGCCAGAAUUGAUCAUUAACCAGAAAGAAUAUGUUUAAAACUGUAAUAAGCUAGUAUCGUUAAUAAAAGUUUAGACAGGAAUUAUGUGUAGCUACUCGAUGAUAAAGCUGUAGGAUUUCUGUGAAUCAAUCCAUCAUGGAUGACACACAAAGAACCAGAAAUGAAGAUUGUUUUCCAGGAUGCAGCUCAGUUCAUCAGAGGAGAUCAGAACCAGAGUCCAGCUGUGUGUCUAUGAAGAGUGACAUGUCUAGGGAUCAGCCAGUAAAUUUUAAGAGUGGAGAUUCACGGACUGGACUCAGCUCAUUUCAUCAGAAGAGAUCAGAACCAGAGUCCAGCUGUGUGUCUAUGAAGAGUGACAUGUCUAUGAAUCAGCCAGUACAUUUUAAGAGUGGAGAGACACUGACUGACCCCAGCUCAGUUCACCAGAAGAGAUCAGAACCAGUGUCCAGCUUUGUGUCUAUGAAGAGUGACGCGUUUAAGGGUCAUCUAGUACGUUUAAAGAGUAGAGAUACUCAGCCUGGUCUCAGUCAUAAAGCCUCCAGCCUCAACACAUUUAGAUCAAACCUGAGGGAGAAGUUUCAGUGUCUGAAUGAAGGAACAGCAAUGCAGGGAAACCCAACACUCCUGAAUGAGAUCUACACAGAGCUCUACAUCACAGAGAGUGAAAGUGGAGAGAUCAAUAAUGAGCAUGAGGUGAGACAGAUUGAGACACAAUGCAGGAGAGCAGCAACAGAGGACACACCAAUCAAAUGCAAUGACAUCUUUAGACCUUUACCUGGACAAGACAAACCCAUCAGAACUGUGCUAACAAAGGGAGUCGCUGGCAUUGGAAAAACAGUCUCUGUGCAGAAGUUCAUCCUGGACUGGGCUGAAGGGAAAGAGAAUCAGGAUAUCCAGCUCAUAUUUCCAAUUCCUUUCAGAGAGCUCAACUUGAUAAAAGACAAAACACUCAGUCUUUCAGAUCUUCUUCAUGUCUUUUUCCCUGAAACCAAAGAAAUGGAAAUAUUCAGUGAAUAUAAAUUGUUGUUCAUCUUUGAUGGUCUGGAUGAGUGUCGUCUGUCUCUGAACUUUAAGAGCAAAGUGAAACUGUGUAAUAUAUCUGAAUCAGCCUCAGUGGACGAGCUGCUGAAGAACCUCAUUGUGGGGAAUCUGCUUCCCUCUGCUCUCAUCUGGAUCACCUCCAGACCAGCAGCAGCUGAUCUCAUCCCCUCUGAGUGUGUCCAUUGAGUGAC